AUUAGAUACAGUCCAGGAACAGGAUACUUCUGUGGUCAGGGGAGAGUCUUAUUCUGUUAGAUGAUCUUAGUGCAUUAGUUGGCACUCUGUCAUCAUAGUGUAGGUGAGUUUUAUAGAAACCGGGACAGAGAGAUGGGUAUACAAUCAUAACAGCUUUAAGCUUAGGAUGUUUAGUUUAGUCAUAUCUUUUGUGAAACUUCAUCAGGAACAAUGUGGGUGUAGUAUAUACAUCACCAAUCCCCACAUUCCUCUGCCACUCGCCAGUUGUUCUCCAUGCAAUGGCAGUGGACUCUGGGAGGUGUUAACUCAAAGCCAACAAACAUCGUUAAUGUCAUCAAUAACCCCUGGUUAUAUCAACCUAAACCACCUAUGCAUUUUGUUCCCAAUUGCUUUAGUUUCACAUUUCAAAUGACAAUAUUGCUGUUGCAUCCACCUCAUGUGUCCCCGUUUCACUCACCCCCCUUCUUCCCAGUUGGAACACAACCAGGAAGGGAUUGUUGUUAUUCGGCGGUUGAGUUUCAAUUUCUGAUCCCUUUCUUGGGAGCAGGUUUUGAGUGACUGUUCGCCGUUGUCCAGGGUGGUUUGAUAACUUCGGGCCCUGGAUUUGGUCCUUGGCCUUAAGCAUAACCUUGACUUCUGAGGCACGAGCGGGAUGCUCUCAACCUCAGUCUCAGACCCAGUUCGAGGGCUGAGAGUUAACAAACGUCAUUCGUGUGCUUUGCCUUUAGGACAGCACUGUCCUGUACUGUAUCAGGGAAAUCAGAGUCAAUAGGUGUUAUAGGUGUGACCAAGUCUGAUGUGGGAUUUAUAACGGUGAUUCCAGAUGGACCACAUGGUUAACCCAUCAAACUGUGUUAUGGUCAUCGUUGCUCGUGACCCUGUGUUCAGGCAGUGUUUCUACACGGGGGUGUUGACUUUUCCCCCGGUCGCCUUUACUGGAGACUCGGCCACCAGGCUGGAUACUGGUUGGUUUCUCCGAUGCUCGUUCUCUCCUCCUUCUCCUUACUCGUAUUCCUACAAAACAUCUUCAACAAAAACUUCACCAUAGUCUAAGAGUUAGACUAUCAAAAUUAUAGAUGUACUACUUAGGGUGUGCUUUGCUUGUCUAUCGAAUAAAUUAUCGAUUUAACCCUCUCGAGUCGGUGAUCGCGCCGGCGCGAUCAGAGCGCAGGUCGGCUUUAGGACCGCGCAGCAUGAAAACCAAGCGGCGCAGAGGGCUGCCGUUGAUUUCAUGCGGAAGUGCAGACUCGAAUCUACGUUUGAGUCUUUGAAUCAUGUAAAUACAUCAAGUAAAACUGAAGUUAUGAUGAUUUCAAUUUCAUGAAAAAAGUGCGUCAAAAUAUUCGCUCUUUUAUGAGUGCGUUGCAUUUAUUAGAAUAUCUUUGCCGUCUUUUGUCCUAAAAUAAAACGGUAAAAAACGUUUGAAUCUGCUGACUUUGUUCUACAUGAUGCACAUGAGUACAUAUACAUUCAGCGAGAGGACAAUUCUCCAUUGCGAAUGAACGAACGAGAGGAAUCAGUCAUAGUUUUGAGAAGUUUUAGAGAGUUGUAGUAUUUCAGUAGUUUAUUAUCAUUAUUAUAGUUCAAGCAAAAUGAGGCGCACACUUCGUGUCGGUCAAGCCAUCGAUUUGUUGUUUCAAAGCGACGAAGAAAAUGUGGAAAGUUCGUCGUCGGAGAGUGGCGGCGAUGAGUUUGAGGACCCAGAUUUUGUUGUCGAAAACACAAGUGAAGACGAACAGGCUGGGCCAUCUUCAACCCCUGCCCCUACCCCCACAACAAGCCGACGGAGGUCUUCACCGAGGCUGCGUGUGGAAAACUUGAGUGAAGACGAACAGGCUGGGCCAUCCCCCACCCCCACCCCUACCCCUACCCCCACAACAAGCCGACGGAGGUCUUCACCGAGGCUGCGUGUGGAAAACUUGAGUGAAGACGAACAGGCUGGGCCAUCCCCCACCCCCACCCCUACCCCUACCCCCACAACAAGCCGACGGAGGUUAUCAAAGAGGGUGCGUGUGGAAAACUUGAGUGAAGACGAACAGGCUGGGACAUCUACAACCCCUGCCCCUACCCCCACAACAAGCCGACGGAGGUUAUCAAAGAGCGUGCGUGUGGAAAACUUGAGUGAAGACGAACAGGCUGGGCCAUCUACAACCCCUGCCCCUACCCCCACAACAAGCCGAGGGAGGUCAUCACAGAGGGGGCGUGGACAGACCAAGUCAAGAUCUCCAGCCCAGUCAGCAGCCCAGUCAGCAGCUCAGCCACAACAAAGCUCUGAGCCAUGGAGAACUGAAAGUGAUCCUGACACUGCCCCACAAGUCAGCAGGUUCAUGCCCCGCAGAACACCAGGACCCCAGGUGGAUUUUCACUCAACGUACACACCUAAGGACCUUUUCCUGUUCUACUUCGCCGCAGACACUUUGAGGACACUGUGCAGGAAUACAAACAAGCAGGCAACCAUCAAUCAGCGAAAGGGGAGCAAAUACCAGUGGACUGAUAUUGAUGUUGAGGAACUGCACAAAUUUCUGGGUCUCCUCAUGUACACAUCCUUGGUGACUCUGCCAAGUAUCCAAGACUACUGGAAACAAAACCACAUCCUGUCUGUGCCUUUUCCAGCUACUGUCAUGCCAAGAGACAGAUUCCGGACAAUAUCCUGGAACAUCCACCUCAGUGAUCCAGAGGAGGAUGUCAAAAAUGACCAGCUAAAGGGAACACAACAGCAUGACAAACUGUACAGGGUCAGACCUCUCAUGGAUGAAAUUCGGACUGCCUGCAAGGCUUAUUACCAUCCCAAAAAGGAACUGUCAGUGGAUGAGAGGAUGGUGGCUACAAAAGCAAAAACAGGCAUGACUCAGUACAUGAAGGACAAGCCAACCAAAUGGGGCAUCAAACUGUUUGUGUUGGCAGAGUCAAAAAAUGGCUAUACUCUGGACUUCAAUGUGUAUGUUGGGAAAGCACACACACCCAGCGUACAUGGUCUGUCAUAUGAUGCUGUGAUGGACCUCAUACAUCCAUCACAUCUGGGCACAGGUUAUCACAUUUACAUGGACAACUUUUAUACCAGCCCAAAACUGUUCCUGUCAUUGGCUGGCAUGAAGUUUGGAGCCUGUGGAACCUACAGGAGCAACAGAAAAGGCUGUCCUACUGAUAGACAAAAUGCCCUCACCAACAAAUCUCAGAGGGGGAGUGUCAGAUGGAUCAGAGAAGAUCCCUUGGUCUUUGUAAAGUGGAUGGAUACACGGGAGGUGUCGAUGUGCUCCACAAUCCAUCCAGCGUUUUCUGGCGAGGCUGUCAAGAGGAAGGUGAAGGAAGGAGGACACUGGUCGGUAAAAGACAUUCCCUGCCCUACACCCAUCAUCGCUUACAACCAGCACAUGGGAGGGGUUGACCUGUCAGACCAGCUUUUACAGUACUACUCCACCCACCGCAGAAAUUCUCGCUGGUACCGUACACUGUUUUUACACUUUGUGGACAUGGCAACAACCAAUGCAUAUAUACUGCACUGUGAAAUCAGUGCAGCACAACAGGUCACACCCUUGACACACAAGCUCUUCCUGGCAGAACUUGUGGCCCAGCUGUGUGGAGUGAACCCAGCAGGUGUUCCCAUUCAAAGGAGCAACGAUCAUGUUCCUGUUGCCAUUUCCUUGCCUACAGAGGCCAAAGCCAAAGCUACACAAGGCCGCAGGAAUUGCCAACAGUGCCAUCAAGUGGACAACAAGAGGAUGCUCACUCCAUGGAAAUGCAAGGCCUGUGAUGUGCCCCUCUGUGUCAUUUUGGACAGGAACUGUUUUGAGGAGUGGCACAAAUAGGGUUAGGGAUGGAAUACAAGAAAAACGCAUAUGGCUAUACCUGCUUUUUAUUGUAAAUAGUUGUUUAUUGCUUGUAUAUAUCACAAUAGUACUUUUAUAUGUUCAUAUUUACACCUUAUGGUUCAAUUUGAACCUUUCCAAAUGCUUGGUUGAGCAUGUGUGUGUGUUUUACAGUAAAGAAACCAUCAUUUUUCUAAACGGACUUUGUGUUUCUUGUGUGUGUUUGGGUUCAGUAUGUUGAAACAGUAUGUCAAAGUAAAAAACUGAAAUACAGAUCUUAUAGGUGAGGUUGUGCUGAAAAAAAAGAUACCCAUCAUUUGUAUGGUAAACAUUUCUGUAUGUAGUAUAUCAAGGCAAACAUGAAGGUACCCAAAAACGGCCAAAAUAACCCCAGACUCCAAAGAGUUAAAAUUGCCUCUGUUUCUGAGACCAUAGUCAAAAUGUUCUAUCAUUAACUUCCCCCUUCGCAUAGUUGAUCUAUGCGAUUCCUAAGGGACAGAAAAUAUGUUAGUUGGUGACAACCUAAAUUCUUCGUAUUCCUUCACAUAUUAUAUAAUAUUUUGACUCUUCUUUUUAUCUCCUGCUUCUAAGCAGAGUUUGGGGAUAUUUCGUUAACCUUUAAUAACUGUACCUGUUUUAGCCCAGUCCACCACAGCAAAUCACUCAAACCACUGGGUUCCUGAAACAAGAUCCGCCUACUGACAGAGUUAGUUCAGUCCUUUCAAUGGCUAAGUUUCAAAUUGGUACUUAUUUCACAAUCAUGGGUUACCCAUGCGGCAAGAAAAAUAGUGCUUUGAUGAUUUUACAGUGGUGGAUGCAGGCAUUUCACUUAUUUAGAGCAUAACCAAUCAAAGAUGUAUUUUAUUGUUAUGCAAGUAUUUUUCCAUCAUUCAACAAAACCUUCUUGUGUUGUGUGUGUCUCUACCUGGUGUCACAUAAUCAUGUAUGAUGUGCCGCCUCAGAUAUGUUAGAGCUCUUAGACAGCAUGGUGGGGCUUGUGGCUGGACCCACACGUAACUUGCUCUAGGUGGCUGCCAACAGCCCUCCGUCACUGGAACUCUAACUGGGGUGUCAUUCUCUCUUCGGCCGGGGCAGGACUGCUUAAAAUGUCCUUUUCCUCCACAUCCCCAGCAAAGCCGUUCUUUUUUACCUUGUUGCAGGGUGGGGUGUCCUCGGGACAGCACGGCCUCUGUCAUUGCCCUUUGACCUCCAUUCCCCCAUUGGUAAGGGGGCGGACGAUCUGCCUGGCCAGUUGUUGGAUUGCAUGAGGCAGUAGGCAGAGGGACGGUCGGAGGAUGGUUUUUCUUUUUCCCAUUUUUUGCGAGCUCCUUUUCCAACGUCUCUCACGAGGUCCUUCAGUCCCUUUUCAGUCAGUAGAUACACCUUUGCGUCGACACACCCAUCUGGGAGCUUGUUGGGCUGCUCCUGGAGGGUCUCUCCAGUGGUCAUAGGACGCCUGCCAAAAGAGUCAAUUGAUGUACUUCCCACUCCCUGUACCUGAAGGCUCACUGCUGCAGACUGGAACUCAGCUUGGACAUCAGUGACGUCAUCAUGUGGUCUUGGGAUCCUGCCAGCCUUGGCACGCUGCUUGGCUUCUCCCAGCAGACAUCUUACGUAGAAGUAUGUUUCUAAAAGUUGUUCGUGGGUCAAAACAGUUUCCAGCAUUUCAUUACCUGCCCCUGUUGGAUUUGGCAUUGCCUCUGCCCCCCUCUCAACCAAAGUCCUUCUGGGUGGGACAGGGCUACUACUCAUCUGGAACACAUGGGGUGCUGUAGAGAGAGUCUGGUCAGGGUUUGCUCCUCCCUCAUUUCCCUCUCCCUCGUUUCAUUGCUCUCUCUGCCAUGGGUGGUAGUUUUUUAGGCACAGCAGCUCGGUGAUCUAAGCUCAAAUACAGAUAUAUCAUUUAACAAGUCAAAACAACCCUUGUCCUCUCUUUUUACCAACUAUAAUGAGAUAUGAAUCAGUUUGGAGAAACUCUCAAAACUAUACCCCUGUAUAAUAUGUAUGUGUUUGUGCAUAACAUUUUUGGCGCCGAAAAUGGCUGCCUGGGUAGGCUCUCCUGCCAAAGUAAAUUCCUUGUCUGUGCAAACUUUCAUGGCGAAUAAACACCAAUUCUGAUUCUGAUUAUGUGGCAGUGGUCUUGUUAAACGGGAAAACCCUUGCUCAGCCCCUCCCUUACAACGCACCUCUCGAGCCCUCAUCUGGAACAGUUGCGCAAUAGCCGCGAGUUCCCACAUUUCAGGCUCGAUUUCUCUGGUUUGCUUCAGGAUCAUGUGUGUUAUAUCAAUACUUCUCGUUUAUCUGACUCCAAUUCCUAUUUGUUAUAGCUUUUUUCAACGGAGACUUGGUCCUUUCCUGCCUGUCCCUCCGAGGCAGCUUUUGUAAACACAGCUGUCUCGAGAAGUGUAUGCAGUACGCAGGACCUUACUGUCUCAGCUUUAUAUUACCAGAACACAAUAUUUAUUAUCUAUAUUAUCUACAGAUAUCUAUCUACUGUUAGUUUGUCCAGCACGUCUUAAGAUAAAUCAUACGGGUCAUGAGUCCUAAUUUACUUUCGACUAAGAUACAGGCGUCCCUGCUCUCUGCUGUCACUUUGUUGUUAUUUAGUGAAAACUAGACAGGACAUAGAUAUUUUACAAAGUAUAAUUUGUUUCUGAGGUCUGUUGAAAAGGUUAGUCACGCAAAUGCUCGUCGAAUUUUUAACAUCUUUGGCUAACAUGAUUUUUUCCAACAGUCUUGUUUUGUAGUAUAACAACAACUCCAGUCAUUCCACACGUGUUGAUAUCAUUUGUUGACCAACCCGAUUGCCCGAACCCUUGACUAUUACCAGUUUCUAAACGUUAUGGUUACUCAGUUUACUCGAAUCUCUUUUACUGGGCCAUAAAUUGUUUUUUGCACCUUGGGGGCAACUCUAUCUCAUAGGAAUCGCCGGAUAUCCCCCUAGCUACCCCUUACCGGAUACGAUAGUUUUGAAAGCUUUAGCAAGAAAACAUUUACACUCAUUAUCCUUUCAUUCAGGGAGACAUACAGGUAUCCUAUUGUAACUCAACGUUUGUAACCGACUUCCUCCUCUUUCUCAGCCUUCUCACUUUAAUCAGUUCAAAAUUCGUAUCUAGGCAGUUGUCUGGUUUACAGGUUUUUUAAUUGCCUACCUUAGUCCA